AUGGCAAUCCAAGACUAUGAUGUCGUCAUCAUUGGCGCCGGCAUCUCUGGUAUCAACUUUGCGUAUAGGCUAAAGGAGCGCAACCCAAACCUCACAUACUGCAUCCUCGAAGCGCGCAGUGAGAUUGGUGGAACAUGGAGUCUCUUUAAAUACCCUGGUCUUCGGUCAGACUCUGAUCUCUACACUUUUAGCUUCCCGUGGAAGCCCUGGGCGUCGCCAAAGUCCAUUGCGCAGGCUGACCUGAUCCUCGACUACCUCCGGGAGGCGGUGCAGGAGCAGGGCAUCGACAAGAAGAUCAAAUUCAAUCACAAGGUCAAGAGUCUCGACUUUAACACCAGCGCCAAGUCAUGGACCUUUACCUGUGAACAUGACGGAAAGGCCGUCUCCGUCCGAAGCCGCUUCACGCUGGUGGGCACAGGAUAUUACGACUACGACGAGCCUAUGCAGGCCACCAUCCCGGGGAUUGAGAGCUUCAAGGGCCCCGUCAUCCACCCGCAGUUCUGGCCUCAGGACCUCGACUAUACAGGCAAGAACAUGGUCAUUAUUGGCUCUGGCGCCACCGCCGUCACGCUCGUGCCGUCGGUCGCCGAGAAAGUCUCCCACGUCACGAUGCUGCAGCGCUCACCCGGCUACAUCCUCUCCGUGCCCGGCGAGGGCAUCUUCGAGUGGAUCACCAAGGCUACCCUCCCCGUGCGCCUCGCCAAUGCCAUCAUCCGGUUCAAGUGGACCCUGGCUGGGUUCCUGCUCAUCUGGCUCUGCCGCAACCUGCCGGGCCUCACCCGGCGCGUGAUCCUGCGACGUGCGCGGGGCGAGCUCCCCGCCGGCACGACCAUGGACCCGGACUUUUCGCCGCGCUACAACCCGUUCGACCAGCGCAUGUGCCUGUGCCCGGACGGCGACUUCUUCCAGGCGCUGCGCAGCGGCAAGGGCAGCGUCAAGACGGGCGAGAUCGCGGGCGUCACGGCGCGCAGCAUCCGCCUCAAGUCAGGCGAGGAGCUGCACCCAGACGUCAUCGUAACGGCGACGGGCCUAAAGCUGGCGCUGCUGGGCAAGGCGGCGCUGUCGGUAGACGGUGCGCCGGUGCGCGUGCCGGAGCGGCACGUGUGGAGGGGCUCGAUGCUGGAGGGCGUGCCGAACCUCUUUUUCUCGUUCGGCUACGUCGACGCCAGCUGGACGCUCGGCGCAGACGCAUCAGCGCAGCUCGCGAGCCGCAUCAUCUCGGAGGUGCAGCAGAGCGGCAACAGGGCCAUCUGCCCGCGACAGACGGAGCAGGAGCUCCGGACGAUGAAGCCGCUGCCUUUCAUGUAUCUCGAGUCGACGUACGUCAAGAAGGGCUUGGGCGUGGUUCCCAAGGCCGGAGAUGCAACGGCGUGGCUGCCGAGGCGGCUAUACUGGCGCGACAUCACGCAUGCUAGGUGGGGGGAUAUUCGGUCGAGUACGGUUUGGUCGUAG